AAGGGACUGUGGUCAAGUCAAGCUAACACCCACCAACCUUGGGUGGAGAGGAUACUUUUGCUAACACAGAAAUCAAAACUAAAAAGGAAAAAACCCAAAUCAGAGAUGGACAUCAACCAGCUACCGGCGGAGUGCCUUUCUUGCAUUUUGGCCUUCACAUCACCAAAGGACGCCUGCAGAUCUGCCGUCGUGUCGCCGGCUUUCAGAUCAGCCGCGGAUUCCGACGCUCUUUGGACCACUUUUCUGCCGUCCGAUUACCGGCAGAUCAUUUCUCAGGCUUCGUCUUCAUCUACGUCGUCGUUUCUGAAUUCACUGUCCAAAAAGGCUCUCUACCUCCGUCUCUCCGAUCAUUUGCUUUUUAUUGGCUCUGGAAAUUCGGGUUUUGUGUUGGAGAAAGGGAGUGGGAAGAAAUGUUAUAUGAUAGGAGCAAGAGAUCUGGAGAUUGUUUGGGGGAGUUCACCCGAAUAUUGGACUUGGCAAUCCAUUCCUACAUCAAGGUUUUCUGAAGUGGCUGAGUUACAAUAUGUGUGGUGGCUUGAAAUCAAAGGGAAAAUAGAGGGUAGAAAUUUAAGUCCUAAAACCAAAUAUGCAGCUUACUUUGUGUUCAAGCUUGUGGAAGACAAUUUUUGUCGCCAUGUGUUUGAAACAACACCUGUUUCAUUAGAAGUUCAUUUUGAAGGGGCAGAGGUUGAAGAAGAUAGAAGGAAAAGGGUAAUUUUGGACCCUCUUGAAGGAUCUUCUGUAGUUUGUGUAGAAAGAAGUGAUGGAUGGAUGGAGGUUGAAAUGGGUGAAUUCUUCAAUGAAUGUGGAGACGAUGGGUCGAUUAUUUUCCAUUUGAUGCAGAUUGAUAGGCUGAGAAAAGGUGGAUUAAUUGUUGAAGGAGUUGAGAUUAGACCUAAAUAUGAGUAGAAUAAUAAUUUAAUAUCAUUGCAUGAGAAACUAUUUAAUGUAAUUUUCAUUGUUGUUGUAACUGAAUAACUAAAAAGAGAUUGGAUGAUUGAUAUACUUUGUUAAACCAUAUGUGAAAAUUUGAGUUUAUGCGAGAUU